UAAUCAAUAUUUAACUAUGAAAUUAUUAUAGAUAUAAUUAUAAAUCAUUAGAAAUUUUCAAUGGUUACUUUGUAAUUAAAUUAAUUAGAAAAAACAAUUAAUAUUUUUUUUUUUUCUCUGGUAGUGUCAUCUAUAAUACUUUAUUUCGAUUUUCCAAUUUCCACACACAUGUAGUCAUUAAAUUGUGAUUGUAAGGUUAACUGGGCACAACCUGGUCCAUAAUUUUAAUAAAUUAUUUAAAUAAUUAAUUAACAACAAUGCUCGUGUUUAUAUCAAAAAAUUAAUAAAUAAUUUAAAUAAUAGAAAAGAAAUCUAAGUAAAUAUAAAAAGCUUUGUUUGGUAUUUGAUUGAAGGUUUUUUUGUUAAACAUUUAUUGUUAACAAGUGAAUAAUAAUAUUAUAAUUGUUUAUAUUUAUGAACAAUAAUAAAAAUUAAUAAUGAUUGUUAAAAGUUUUAUAUUAAAUAUUCGAUUAAUACAAAGGAGAUAUUACAGUCGUCAACAAGUUAGAGUUAGAUUUGCUCCAAGUCCAACAGGAAAUUUACAUCUUGGUGGUUUACGAACAGCAUUGUAUAAUUAUUUAUUUGCUAGAAAAAAUAAUGGAAGUUUUAUAUUGAGAAUUGAAGAUACUGAUCAAACAAGAUUACAAUCUGGUGCAAUGGAACAACUUCAAGAUGAUAUGGUAUGGGCUGGUAUAAUACCAGAUGAAAGUCCAGUUCGUGGUGGACCAAGUGGUCCAUAUAUUCAAUCAAAACGUCUUGAUAUUUACAAAAAACAAGUUGAAACACUUUUAAAUAAUGGAUCAGCUUAUUAUUGUUUUUGUACUGAACGUAGACUUGAAUUAUUAAAAAAAGAAGCACAAAAAACUCGUCAAAUAUCAAAAUAUGAUAAUCAUUGUCGUCAUCAUGAUAAAGAAACAAUAAAUGAAAAAUUAAAUAAUGGACAAUCAUAUUGUAUUAGAUUUAAACUUGGUGAUAAACCACCAUCAUUUAAUGAUUUAGUAUAUGGUAAUUUAUCAAUAUCACAAGUUGAAGGUGAUCCAGUUAUAAUUAAAUCAGAUGGUUUUCCAACUUAUCAUUUUGCAAAUGUUGUUGAUGAUCAUUUAAUGAAUAUAACACAUGUACUAAGAGGUGUUGAAUGGCAAAUAUCAACACCAAAACAUAUUGAAAUAUAUAAUGCAUUUGGUUGGACACCACCACAUUAUGCACAUUUACCACUUAUACUUAAUUCAGAUGGUUCAAAAUUAUCAAAACGUCAAGGUGAUAUUACAGUUAAUUCAUUUCGUAAUACAGGUAUAUUUCCAUUGGCAUUAUUAAAUUAUAUAACAUAUGCUGGUGGUGGAUUUGAUCGUAAUCCAAAUCAACAAAAUAUAUAUACUUAUCAAGAAUUAAUACAACAAUUUAAUAUUAAUAGAAUUAAUCCAAAUUCAUGUAAGUUACAACCAGAUAAACUUCCUGAAUUUAAUAGAUAUGAAAUAACAAGAUUACUAAGUGAUAAAAAUAAUUCAAAUUAUUUAAUUCAUAAAGUUAAAAAAAUUGUUAAUGAUGCAUUUGUUGAUAGAAAAAAUGAUGGAAGUUUACAGCUUGAUGAUGAACAUAUUAUGACAAUAUUAGAUUGGUCUACUAAUAGAAUACAUAAUUUAAAUGAUUUAGUUAGUAAAGAUUUAGCAUUUUUAUGGGUUAUACCAACUGAUGUUACCUCGAUAAAUGAUCCAAAUAUAAUUAAAUCAAUUAAAUUACUUAGCCAACAACUAAAUGAUAUUGAUAAAUCUAAUUUUGAUAAAAAAACAUUAACAAAUUAUUUAAAAUUAUUUACACAAAAUAAUGAUAUUAAAUUUUCAAAUUUUAUGAAAUUAUUGAGAAGUAUUUUAAGUGGGCUAGAUCAAGGUCCAGCUGUUGCUGAAAUGAUGGAAAUAUUAGGUAAAGAUAAAACAUUAGAACGUUUAAAUCGUUUAUUUAAUUGUUAAAUUAUUAAAUUAAUAAAUAAAAACUUAAUAAAUAUUAAUUAUGUUGAGAAGAAUUAAUUUAUUAUUUCAAUAAUAUAUAUAAUUAUUUUACAUAAAAUUUGGGUUUUUAAAAUAAUUUUUCGACUAAAAUAUAAAUUAAAAAAAAAGAAAAAAAAUAAAAAAAAA